GGCCGCAGGCGCAGGCCAGGGCUGGUUUCCGAGACGCGCAGCUCCGGCCCCCCAACAUGCGCGGCUCGCUGUGCCUGGCGCUGGCAGCGUCGAUCUUGCACGUGUCCCUCCAAGGCGAGUUCCAGAGGAAGCUCUACAAGGACCUGGUGAAGAACUACAACCUGGAGAGGCCGGUGGCCAACGACUCGCUGCCGCUCACAGUCUACUUCUCCCUGAGCCUCCUGCAGAUCAUGGACGUGGAUGAGAAGAACCAAGUGUUAACCACCAACAUUUGGCUACAAAUGACUUGGACAGAUCACUAUUUACAGUGGAAUGCAUCUGAGUAUCCGGGCGUGAAGACUGUUCGUUUCCCAGACGGCCAGAUCUGGAAGCCAGACAUUCUCCUCUACAACAGUGCUGAUGAACGUUUUGAUGCUACGUUCCACACCAAUGUGUUAGUGAAUUCUUCUGGGCACUGCCAGUACCUCCCUCCAGGCAUCUUUAAGAGCUCCUGCUACAUUGACGUACGCUGGUUCCCCUUUGAUGUGCAGCAGUGCAAACUGAAGUUUGGGUCCUGGUCUUACGGAGGAUGGUCCUUGGAUCUGCAAAUGCAGGAGGCAGACAUCAGCGGCUAUAUCCCAAAUGGAGAAUGGGACCUUGUGGGGAUCUUGGGCAAGCGGAGUGAGAAGUUCUAUGAGUGCUGCAAAGAACCCUACCCAGAUGUGACCUUCACAGUCACCAUCCGCCGCAGGACUCUCUACUAUGGCCUCAACCUGCUCAUCCCCUGUGUGCUCAUCUCUGCCCUAGCCCUCCUCGUUUUCUUACUCCCUGCAGACUCUGGAGAGAAAAUCUCCCUGGGGAUCACAGUUUUACUCUCCCUCACCGUCUUCAUGCUGCUGGUAGCUGAGAUCAUGCCUGCGACCUCUGACUCAGUGCCCUUAAUAGCCCAGUACUUCGCCAGCACCAUGAUCAUCGUGGGCCUCUCUGUGGUCGUCACGGUGAUCGUGCUACAGUACCACCACCACGACCCUGAUGGUGGCAAGAUGCCCAAGUGGACCAGAGUCAUCCUCCUGAACUGGUGCGCCUGGUUCCUUCGCAUGAAGAGGCCGGGGGAGGACAAGGUGCGGCCGGCCUGCCAGCACAAGCAGCGCCGCUGCAGCCUGGCCAGCGUGGAGAUGAGCGCAGUGGCGGGGCCGCCUGCCACCAAUGGCAACCUGCUGUACAUCGGCUUCCGUGGCCUGGACAGCAUGCACUGCGCGCCCACCCCUGACUCAGGGGUCGUGUGCGGCCGCGUGGCCUGCUCCCCCACCCAUGACGAGCACCUGCUGCAUGGCGGCCAGCCCUCUGAGGGGGACCCGGACCUGGCCAAGAUCCUGGAGGAGGUGCGCUACAUCGCCCACCGCUUCCGCUGCCAGGACGAGAGUGAGGCCGUGUGCAGUGAGUGGAAGUUCGCGGCCUGUGUGGUGGACCGCCUGUGUCUCAUGGCCUUCUCCGUCUUCACCAUCCUCUGCACCAUCGGCAUCCUGAUGUCGGCACCCAACUUCGUUGAAGCUGUGUCCAAAGACUUCGCUUGACCCAGCCCUGGCUCCCAGCGUAUAGGACAUACACAGAUGCUCGAUGAUGAUGGCUUAGAGAACUUGGGAUAGCUGAUCCCACAGCAUCGUUAAACCCCGAAAGAUGCAUAUGUACCCCAUCGCUGUCAUGUCGGUUUCAGUUUCCUUGUUACUUUCAGUAAUGGGAUCUCAGCACGUUUCAGUUUAACCCUCUUUAGUGAGCCACUUGAUAUCCUUGGAGCCGUCCUUAUGGUCAGCAGGACCCCCGAGAGGUAGUUUUGUCCAUCCCAUGUUGCCUGGUGAGCUCUUCAGAGGUUGGAGUAGCUAAGGACUGACUGCCAGGGGAGGCCUGGACAGCGGGUUUGCAUGCCUGCAUGUCACUUGAAAAUGAGGGCCUACGUGGAAAUUCAUACCUGCUUUUGCCUGUGUGCAAACCUAGAUUGAAGUUAAUCACAAUAAUAAACCACACUCAGUAAACCCAUCAGAUGAUUGAUGAAAGAAAACUAAAAACCCAACUACUCAUUCUUCUUCAAUUCAGACUUUAAUUUUCUCUACCAAAGACAGUUGAUAAACACUUCUAUGCUAUGUCUGCACUUUUAAAGAGAGACAGUAAUAGCUGAUCUUGUAAAUUAUGCUUUUGCCAGCCUGAUUUUUGCCAACUUACCCUCUUGGGAAUCAGGAUGGACACAGGUAUGUGUGGAUUCUGAACCAGGAUGAGACUCCAUCAAGUCAGGGGAAUUUCUGUAGAUCCCAGACACUCUCAAGCUUCCUUUGCUGCCCCUAGGCACCAGGCGGUUGAGUGAAUCUGUUCUAGAGGACAGGUAGAAUUCUAUUAGAACUUCCACCCAAUGUAAUAAUAGCUGAAGCUAAAUUAAACCAUCUGUGUUUUUCUAACAGUGUAUUAAAUGUUUCACAUAUAUUGGAGUUGGUUAGCCUUAUAAAAUGUGUGGAUCCAUACAAAUGCACAACAUAAAGUCGCCAAAGUAUUCCAUGCAUUUUCUCCUUGUGUCAGGGCUAAAAGGCUCCCUGUGUUGCAGGAACUGGGGAGGGGGUGGUGUGGCUGAUGGCUCUCCUGAAUGGCAGGCCAGUAGUGGUUAGCAGGAGAGGCUGAUAGACUAACAGUGGCUGCAUACCUAGUAACUCCGUUUUCUGGUUUGGCAGGGCUCAGUUUAUGCACCCCAGCUUCAGCCCAGAGAGCUGGCUGAAUGAGUAGAUUCAUUGGAAGCGUGUGUUUUGAAAGCAAGGGGGACUUUCUUUUAAAUCCAAGUGGUGACGCGGUUCUCCACUUAGAUUUUCUACCUGACAAUCGUCACUGCUUCUCCCAUCCUUACUGUUGAAUGUGAUCAGAGGAAGACACAGGACAAGACAGUCUGUCCUGUUCUGUCAUUUCAUCUAGUAAACUCACAGAGCUCAAAACUGCCGAAAAUGCCUGAGCUCCUGGGGAUCUUUAAUUUGCUUCUAACCCCUGAAAUGGCUACGUUAUGAGGGAAGAUUUGAUUUUUCAGAACAAAAGAAAUUGCAUGCCCUUCUCCAGCCAUUUAGUUCACUCAUUUCUGGGUGGAUUUGUGUGCACUGAGGAAGAUGGAGGUGUGUGCCUGCUCUCUAUGUCUAUGUGUGUGUGAUAUCAUGUAUGUGAGAACCUUCGGAAAAGGUACCUGGUUUACAGUGAGAAAGUUGAUAAAUAAGGGUAUUCCAGCAUAAUGCCGUUUGGAGCAGAGCUGUCCUCAGAGUACACUCAUUCUGUAUGGAGUGGAUGAAAAAUGCACAUUUUUUUUUCUAUUAAAGUGUCUUUAUAAACAACUAGAAGUGUUUUGAUAGAUAAAGACAGUACUUCAUUUCUUACUGCUAUUCCAAGUCGAGCCCUACUACGUUUUGCUUUAAUAAAAAAAAAAAAUCUUUUUGGUUUUGUAUUUUAUACAGAAAAACAAAAAGGCAAACAGAAGGAAUGUGGAUUUUGACCAUGCAAAUAACUACUCUGUGAUUUAAAAUGUAGUAAUAAGGAAAAGAUGCACAUGUAGAAAGACAAGUAUGAAGGGCUGAAAAUAAGUGCCCCCACCACCAUCCCUGCCUUAUCUCCUCAUAGGGGACCACCAGUGAGUGAGCUUCUGGGGAGGGACGGGCAUUUCCAGAAAGAAACAGGAAAGGAGAGAGACUGAGGAGGGAGAAAGGGGACGUGGAGAGAGAAACUCCUUUUCUGUCCGUUUCUAGAACCUGUGCUGUGCGCAGUGCCCUCCACUGUGCUUUUUUCAUUUGAUGUUAAGAGAUCUUUCCGUAACAACAUAUAAAGAUCUACCUCAUUCUUAAUAGCUGCUUAGCCUUCCACUGUCCCUGUGCACUAAUAAUUUCUUUGAUUAGUCUUUUAUUAGUGAACCUAUAGAAUAUUUCCUGUCUUUAUUUUUAUAUACAGAUCUAGGAUUAGUGUCCUUGUACUUACAUCAUGGCACACUUUUGUGACUGUAUCUUGAUAUCAGUUGGAACUUGAUAAUGGAGUUGCUGAAUUUAAGACUGUCUAUUUAACACUUUUGUCAAUUAUUGUCAGAUGCUUCUUCAAAAAUUGAUCUGUGGUUACACUUAUCAAGAGUAUAAUGAAAUGAUCAAUUUCUCAGUUUUCUCAAACAGCUUUUAUUCCAGUCUAGUGAAGAAUAACGUUACAAUAUUAUUCUGACUUAGUUCACUUAUUAGGAGUGAAGUUGAACAUCAUUUCAAAUGAUUUCUGGUCACUUUUUGGUAAAUUUAUGUCCUUACACAGUUUUGGCUUUUUCUUAAUUGAUUUGGAUGUAUACUUUGAAAUUUUUCUGUCUUAUGUCUUGAAAAU